CACUGGAUCAUUGAUGUGCCUAGGUUAGGCUGUACCUACCUACUUCUCAACCAAGGAAGCUACAUGUUUUGACUAAAUUUACUACUAGGUCUACCUGGGACCUAGGUUCAAUGGCUGGAGACCUUGAUCCUUAAGACUUUAAACAAUCCACCAGUCUACUACUAUAUGUACUAGCCUGAACAUUGAACCACUUCAAAACAUCCAUCCAAUGUUCUGCAUAGCCAUGUACAAAUAAAGAUAAAUAAGCAGGUAAACAUCAUAUCCUAUGUGAAUUCACAAGUUUUCAUUCUUUACCUACAUAGGUCUCCACGGAUUUUCUAGACAUCUAGGAUCGGCUUUAGCAAUUGAGUCAGCAAUAAAGAAACACCUCAAAAGUUCUAUUUCCGUCACGCCAUUGACAUCCCAUGAGGAGCUCGAUCUUAGCUUCUUAGCAUAUCGUCGAAAGCUUCAAGUUCACCCAUUGUGAUUCAACAACAAUUCUAUAUCAAUAAAUACCUAUAGUUUUAUUUUAUUUUCAUCCUUCACACUCCUCAUGACACGACCGAGCACUGUUGGGGGAGACAGUCUCCCCUCACUCCUGUUGUUACCUCCGCCUCCGCAACCUGCAUCCCGGAUUGCGCUUAACGCCGCAUAUGACCCUCCUAUUAGAGCCGUCCUUUCAAGAUUGAAAUGCAAUCAAGCCGAGGAUGGCGAGGCAACCUUGAUUGUCGCCCUUGUUUCACCUAUUCUUACAGGCAAAUCUUUACACCAAAAGUCUCUGUCUUGGUCCCAUGCCCAAUCUAUUCUAGCUGAUCUAUACAGCAUCAUAUCCGUCAUCUGCACUCAGUUAUCGGUGCCCACGGAUGUCCAUGCCGGUCCCGGGUCCGUAGAUGUCCGCGUUCUCUUGGUUGAUCAUGGCCGCUCUAAACUACAGCCAAGAGAUUCAAAGCAAGCCAUAGAACCCAAUAAUACGGUGAUAGUCGACCUUACUACCUUCGCUUCGGCAUACCACCCCUGGAGUUACAUAUUUCACCCUAAUAAUGAGCCCGGUUACGAACUACUCUCAACUUACCUGAAGUGUUUUGAAGGCGUUCAGACAGUAAAGCACUCCCAGAUUGUUGUUGUUGAAGGUGGACUCGCCAUAUCUGUUCCACCAUCAGUUCCUUUGCAGGCAAUUCCACAAACAAAACCUCAUUCCGUCGUGUGCCUGGGAGGGACUUUUGACCAUUUACACCCUGGACACAAGCUACUUUUGACUGCUGCCGUCUUGCUGCUAGAUGUCCCCGAGGAUGGGGCAUUACACCCAUGCCAGUUCGUGAUUGGCAUCACCGGUGACGAAUUGUUGAAGAGAAAGAAAUAUGCGGAAUUUGUGCAGCCUUGGGACGAGCGUGCAACGAACACGAUUCAAUUUCUAGCUUCUAUCCUCGAACUAUCCAGGCACGGCUGGAAAAAUAGUCAGGCCCCGCAGGUCACCAAGACUGGCGGAGAAUACACUGCUCUAUUCCGAAACGGCACUAUCGAAGUUCGCUGUGUAGUUAUUCAGGACGCUUACGGACCUACCAUCACAACAGAAAACAUGGACGCCCUCGUAGUCUCGGGCGAGACGAGAAGCGGAGGAGAAGCCGUGAAUCAGCGACGAAAAGAACUCGGCUGGCGACAGCUAGAAAUAUUCGAAGUUGAUGUCCUCGAUGCUCAAGGGGCCGUGUAUAAGUCGACGGAUACUCGAGAUUUUGCAACAAAGAUAAGCAGCACCGCCAUUCGGAAACAAAAAGCAGAGUCUCGUGCUUAGCCCAGGAGUCACAUUUCCAUCAAAGAUGUACUU